ACCAAGAGGACAAGACAUCCAGGCAAUGAGGAUGGACCUUGACCUCCUCAAACACGAGCUGGAGAUUAAUCGCCUAAGGAGACAGAUAAGGACUCGCAAAACACCACGCACACCAUCACUACUGCCCACACUGGGUGAAGUGAAAUCCCAAACACCGGCCCUGAACAAGUAUCUCCACGAUCAGAUAGAUGCUCUUGGACCAGCUCCAUACGACCCUGUGACUGGCUUUGUGGUGUUCUACGACUUCCUUCUGGGCCUGAGCUCCUCGUACCGGCUGUGUCGUCUGACGGUGGGCUUGUUUAGUGGGGACCAGGCCCUGGGCCCGCCAUCCCUCCUGCCCGCAGCCUGCUGCGAACCAGCCUGCCUCUCCGCAUCACUUCCCCCUGAGCACCGCAAGGGCCAGCUCGCCAUGCUGGCCACCAAGCAGCCCGUUCACGGGGUCCACCCUGCACCUGCACUCUCCCUGGUGCUUCACCUGCAGGCCUCAGGAGGAUAUGACACGCAUGGACAGGAAGUGACUCGCCUGGUGUCCCGGGGCUGGGUGAAGGUAGACCUGUUCGACAGGCACAACCGUGUCGUCAGCGGGAGGUGGAGAGUGCCCCUGCGGCUACCGCCUGCCAAACCAGCCAUGACGACUGGAGAGAUGAACACUGUACCUCAGCUGGACUGUGCGGAGCUGUAUCUAAGAGUGGUGAAUGCUCGAGACGCUGAUGCCCAGAGUUCUAUCCCCAUCAGCCACAGCACAGCAACUCUCUACAGAUUCCCUCCCGUAGUCAAGGGUACUGGCCUGGUUGACUACCAGUAUUUUGAUUCCUCGUGGCAGAGUGACCAGGCCGACCUCCUCCUUCCAACACUCCCAGAGACCAUGGACCCUCCAGCACUGACUCCAUUUUCAGCUUAGGAAUUGGGGAAAAGUGUGUAUCUUCCUAAUGGUGAUGGAAUAUGUCUUUUUUUAAUGUCUGUGAUUGAUUCAUCAGCUCAGCAAUUUAGUAUACAACGUAAUCUUGAAAGUUGAAUGUGAACUUUUGUCAAAAGUGACACCAUUUAGUGUCAUCAGAUAUGGAAUGCCUG